CUGCGUGAGAUUUAAGCUGCACCAAGACACAGGUCUUCUCUGCAACAUCUGAAGUGGAGCAGUGAAGAACAAUGGCACCAUCAAACGUCUUCCUUUUCCUUUCCCUUCUCACCAUGGCACUGGCAUCAAGCCUACAGAAUCCUGGCUGCAGAAUCAGGAUCACCUCCAAGGGGCUGCAAUUUGUAAAACAGGAGGGAUUGAAGUUUGUGGAAGAAGAACUUGAGAAUAUCACCAUUCCAGACUUAAGUGGCAAAGAGGGAAGUUUCAGCUACAGCAUCAACAAUGUGCGUGUGACACAUCUGCAUAUGGCUCUCUCAGAGUUGUGGUUUCAGCCACACAAACAGCUGGUGUUGGAUAUUAACAAUGCAUCUAUCAGUCUGACCUUCCAGCGCAAGCUUCUCUAUUGGCUCUUUUACGAUAUUGGGAUGAUUAACGCCUCUGCUGAAGGUGUGCAAAUCAAGACGAAACUGGAUCUUGCCAGGGAUGGGCUGGGGCGACUGAAGAUUGCCAAUAUGACUUGUGAUGCCUCUAUCGAAAGAAUGCAUGCUGGCUUCAGUGGAACCCUCAAGAGGGUUUAUGAAUUUCUUGGUACUUUCGUAACUACAGGAAUGAGAUUCCUCGUUAACAAGCAGAUCUGUCCAGCACUCAGGCAUGCAGGGCUUGUGUUGUUGAACUCAUUGCUACACACGGUGCCAGUGCGCAAUCCAGUGGACGAUUACAUAGGAAUUGAUUAUUCCCUCAUAAGUGACCCGGAUGUGUCUGAAGACAGUUUGGAUAUGGACUUUAAGGGCAUGUUCUUCUCGCUUUCUGCAGAAAAUGAGACCAUUCCCAAUAUGUCACCAGAAUUACACAUCAAGGAAAAAGAACGCAUGGUGUACAUAGCACUGUCAGAGUACUUUUUUGACUCUGGAAUGCAUGCAUACUUCUACUCUAAUGUGCUGAGUCUGGAAAUUGCAGACGAGCAGAUGCCCAAAGACCUGGAAGUUUUGCUGCGCACUUCAUACUUUGGAAGCCUAAUGUUGCUGGAUCCUUCGGUGGCUGAGUCCCCUAUGAAGUUAGAGCUACGUGUCUUAUCUCCACCACGCUUUACAAUCAAACCCUCUGGAACCAGCGUCUCUGUCAAUGCAAUUCUAAAUAUCUUCCUCAUACCAAAGGACCUGCCUCCUGUGCAGCUGAGCAGCCUGACAAUGGAAUCACGGCUCAAUGCCAAAGUCACUCUCAAAAAGAAGACCUUGCAGGUUCACCUGGAUCUUAAGAGGUUUCGGAUAUACUCUAACAAGUCAGCACUGGAAUCCUUGGCACUCAUCCCACUGCAGGCCCCUUUAAAAACUCUCUUACAGCUCACUGUCAUGCCUGUUCUUAACGAUAGAACAAAACGUGGUGUUCAAAUCCCGCUACCUGAAGGACUGGAUUUCACUAGAGAGACUACCACUCACCAUGCUGGUUUUAUCCUUAUUGGUGGGGAUUUGCACUUCUCCAAGGGUCUUCGAGAAGUUAUUGACAAAUAUCGCCCAGCUCCAACUGUCUCAGCAUCAACAACGAUGGGGACCAAUGACUCUAUCUGAGACCCUCUUGCUGGGAUUCACAAGACCCAAUUUCAACCGCUAGGGUGCUCAACCUCCAUGAAAAAAUGAUUUAUUUUUUUCCUGUUGGACACCUCAGCAAUGGACUGAAGGGUGGUCCUAAAAAUGCCUUUAAUUGCUUUAUCAAUCAGAGCAAAAUUUAGGUCAUUGGGUCGUGCCCCACAUGGUGUUGUACACAGUUUAUUCAAAAAGCCACAAUUACUAUCAAUUUAGCAAUGAAGAUCUCUUCUAACUUUCCUAAAAAAACAACAUGGAGCUUAUAUAAGUCUGUAUCACAGACUGUAACAAUUUACAUCUAGGUUUUUAACAUGCCAAAUAUAGAUCAUCGAUGCAACCAUUUUAUACUAAAUCCCUGGCAAAAACAAAAACAUUUUAGAAACAUUAUUUUGUUCCACCCUAUAUAUCUUUUUCCACCCACAGUAGUAAGAAAUGAUAGCGAGAGAUUCAACCUUUAGUAUUUUAAUGAGUCUACUAUCCAGAAAAAAUGUCUGCUUAAAACUAAGAGCAGUGUGUAAUGAAUGUUGUAUAAUUUUUUUCAAAAGUAAAUUUACUUAAAUGCUAAAAUUGUUUAUGAAUUUGUGUGGGGAAAUAGUAUCUCAUUUUAUACUCA